AUUAGUAUUUAUAGGCUGAUAGUCUGCAGAGGUCCAAGCUGCAGAAAGUGAAUGAUAGUUCAGAAUUUGAGAGAAUGCCAAAUAACAGCACAAGUGGUGGUAAGAAGAGAAAACUCUGUCCACCAAAAGAACCUGAAGAUUGGUGCUUUGAAUGCAAGGAUGGUGGAAAAGUCAUUGUAUGCGAUCGCAGGAACUGUGUGAAGGUUUAUCACACCGACUGUGUUCCUGUUACUCCUAGGAAGGACAAAUCUUGGAUUUGUGCUUGGCAUUAUUGCUAUGAAUGCAAGGAGUCCGCAAAGUUUUAUUGCCUUGGUUGUCCAAAUGCUUUGUGCAAAGAGUGCUUGCCUUCCUCAGAAUUUAUCACUGUCAAGGGUGAUAAAGGAUUAUGCUGCGACUGCGCGCCGCUAGUCAAAAUUAUAGAACAAAAUUUGGAGCGGGACUCUCAGGGGAACAAGAUAAGCGUGAAUGGAAGAGAUACAUAUGAGGGUCUAUUCAAGGAAUACUGGGAAAUUAUUAAGCUAAACGAAGGAUUAACUAGUGAUGAUAUCUCUGCUGCAGAAACCAACUACAACAAAGUGGUUAAAAAUUCUCCAGAUCAAAGCAAAGUCAUUGAUGUAGAUAAAGAAAGUCAGAAUGACUCCAUGUCAUCGGACGGCAAUGAAGCUUUUGUGUAUAAACACAACUCAACCAAAAGGAAGCAGUCCAGAUCACUGGAGUUUAUGGGAUGGGGAUCGAAACCUCUCCUUAGCUUCCUUGCGUCCAUUGGAAAAUUUAGUACUGAACCAUUGUCACAGUGGGGUAUACGGACUCUCGUGUGUGAAUACAUUGAGAAGAACAAUCUCUAUCUCUCGCAAGAUAAGAAGAAGUUCCUCCUUGAUGAAAAGUUGUUUCCUAUAUUCGGAAAAAAGGUUAUGUCAAAAAAUCAAAUAUAUCCUCUAUUGGAACUUCACUAUGCUGAAAAGUCGGGUGAUAGAGAUGGUGAAGAAAGCUCGAAAGGAAAACUUAAAUUGGAAAAGGAGGACUUGUCUAUCAAGGCUAGUCGUUUUGCAUCCAUAAGUGCCAGUAAUAUAAGACUUAUUUACUUAAGACAAAGAUUGGUGCUAGAGUUAUCUAAACAACUUGAAAGUUUUACGGGUAAGGUUGUUGGAGCCUUCGUUAGAGUUAAAAUGGAUUCCAGUGAUUGUAAGCAGACUAGGUCUUACCAUCUUGUGAGAGUUACAGGUGUUGUAUUGGAGGAUGAUGUUAAGAGAAUUCUUUUGCAAGUUUCCUUCAUGUCUAAAGCCAUCCCUAUCUCCGAGCUUUCUGAUAAUGACUUCACAGAGCAAGAAUGUGAGGAUUUGCGGCUAAAAGUGAAAGCCAACCUGCUGCAGAAACUAACUGUUGUGGAGCUUCAAGAAAAGGCAAAAAGUCUUCAUGAGGAUAUAACAAAGCAUUGGAUCGCGACACGACUAACCUAUUUGCAAAAUCAAAUUGACCGUGCAAACCUGAGGGGAAGACAAAGAGAAAAAUUUGCCUUACUAGAUGAAAGGGAAGAACUUCAACAACCAUGGAAGCAAGAAGAGUUGUUAAAGCGAGUUCCUUCAGUUUCCCCAGAGUUUACUACAGAGCCCCACAAUGAUCCUGAAGAGAACUAACACAUGUAACUUGUGGUUUUAUGGUUUAGAAUGAAGGUCCAUGCUUUUGGAAACAUGUUAAUUUCUUAAUGCUGCUCCAAUAGGUUAUAGCCUUUUUAAUAAUAAUAAAUUAAUUCUAGCUAGUUUAUGUUUGGUCAAUUUUGUGACACUUGGAAUUAAGGCUAUGUACUGUCGUGUAUAAUAGCUUUAUCAAAAAUGUCAUGUGUACAUUAAAAAUCAGUCACCAAAUCAGUUGUUAUGUAUGUGUUUAAAUACAUGAAUUUUCAAUAAAAAUUUUAUAUUUUAAUAUGUAUUUUAUACAAAUAAUUGAUAUAGUGGCUGAUUUUUUGUGUACACUUAACAUGAUUGUAGUUUUAUAUAUAGUUGGUGCUCUCAUAUUCAUGAUUUUUGUCUGCCAACAUUAUCCAUGAGACACGUCAUGUGCAAUUUUCCCACUUCCUCCCAAUCUCUCUUUUAUGAAGU